AUGUCUAGUGCUCAAGCCUCAACAAAGCCUGCUCAUGCGUACAGGGUGCAAAGGACCCUCGACAGGCUCCAAGACUUUGCUAAGGAUGUCGAAAAAUCUGUGAACACGAUCCUUCCAACCGGCGCGACAAGGUAUGGCAAGGUCGCUGUCCUCGGAUACACCUGGUCAAACGAUGACAUGAAGUGCGCGCAAGCCGAAGGAGAACUGUUCAAAGUGCUCCGAAAGUACUACAACUUUAUUACGGAAAGCUACAUCAUUGACGCGACCUCCCAAACCAUCAACGCUAAUCUACAGAGAGCUUUCAUCAAAUUCAGAGAAAAGCAUCAAGGUUCCGACACACUCCUCAUCUUCAUCUAUUCUGGACAUUCCCGCAGAGACCACAACGACAAUUUGCAGCUGUUCGGAACGACCGCCACCCCGCAUCCCCCAGAGGCCGAGUGGGGCUGCGCAUCUGCCAUAGUUAAAACCACUUCAGGUCGAAAGCUUCUUAUCUUCGACUCAUGCUAUGCGGCUACGGCGGGAACGCAGGACUCUGCCGGCCCGGAACUAAUCUCAGCUUCCGCAAUCAAUAAUCAGGCGGCGGCUCACGCGACAUACAACUUCACGACCACCCUCAAGAACGCUCUUGAAAGUCUGCAAGGGAAGCCCAAAAGCGUCGGGCAAAUAUACUCCGAGAUCUGCCGGAACGCGAUGCGAUCGCAGCUGGAAGUCACACCAGUACACAUCUUGGAGAAAAACCUGGACAGCGUUGUCCUCGAGAGGUGUCCUGCCGCCUCAACGUCCUAUGGGACUGCCAACGAAAAACAGAGGCGAGCAUCUCUGCAGGAGCUUGGAGACAGCAGGUUCAAGGCCUUGAUUCAGGUCCACCUUAGGGGUGAAGUCCCAAGUACGGAUGUGGCCAUGUGGAAGGAAUGGCUGUGCUCAAACCUACCAACGAUGAUAGGGAAAAUCACUCUUGAAGCAGCCUACACCGGAAACCCAACCAUUUGGCACGUUUCAAUGCCGAUUGAGGUCUGGGAUGGCCUUCCCGCCGACCAAUCCGCUUACAACUUUGUGUCGUGGAUAAAGGGCAACAACAUCCUACCCUCGGUUCGAAGUCCUCCGGGACUUCCCAUUAGAGAGAGGGGGGAAAACACUCCUUUCGCUGAAAGUAGCAGGCAUGUUAACAAGUAG